GACGACAUUGUGUCUGAAGACAUUCCCGAUUUGGCUGGUGCCCAGGUGAUGUCGAAAGACAUGACCUUGCAGCCUGAUGAUCAGCGACUUGAGGCCCGAGAACUGCUGAGUGGGUAUGCCGCGCUUGAGACCACGCUUCGGGAGCACAAGGACCUUCUGCAAUCGCUGGUCAGUGCGAGCGAGGCAAGCAGCAAGACGCGCGUUAGCCGAGAAGAGCCUGCGGCCUUCAACCUGCCAGGUGCUGUGGAAGAUGGGGUGAGGCCCACUUCGAAGGAAGGCACGUGGCCUGGGCAUGCCGGUUCCCUGAGCACUCGACAGCCAGAGCCACUGGGUGCUGAGGCCUCUGACCAGAGCAGCUCCAAGCAGUCGAAGAAGAAGAAGCAUUCAGCAGAGGGACCAUCAGAACUGAGUGCCGUCGUGCCCACUACACCUCAGGCGGACACUGGCAAAGAUGAUUCCGACCUGCAGACGGCAGGUGCCAAAUUGGUGCACAGGGCAACCUACAUCGCAGAGACCUUCAAGGCCGACAUGAACCAGGUUCAGGCUGACGACGAGGAGAGCGCCGAAAGCGAGGGCGCUGGCUACCGCUGGAAAGUGCGGCGAAUUCUGGCACAUCCAGCAUUUGAUAUUACCAUUGGCGGCUUUAUCGUCCUGAAUGCCGUCAUGCUCGGCAUUCAAAGCGAUUGGAGCGUUCAGAACAUCACCGGUCAGGUUCAGACAGCCUGGAAUGCUCAGAACAUCACCGGGCAGGUUCCGGAUGGUUGGAGCCUUGAGAGCAUCAAUGCAGAGGAGCCGGAAGCCUUUUCCGUCAUUGAGAAGAUCUUCGCUGUGAUUUUCGCAAGCGAGCUCGCCCUUCGACUCUUUGGGAGAGGUUUCGUUGGAUUCUACUGUGGGCCAGAGUGGAAGUGGGCCCUCUUCGACUCGACCAUUGUCGGGCUUCAGAUGAUCGAAGAGGUCUCCACCUUGGCAGUGGGCUCCCAAGCGGCUCAGGGCGGGAACUUGGGCUUCAUGCGAGUGAUGCGGAUUCUCCGGUUGCUGAGAAUUAUGCGGCUAGUUCGUCUCCUGCAGUUUGUCAGCGAGCUUCGCACAAUGGUCAUGUCCAUCGUGGGCUCCAUGAAGUCGCUGGUGUGGACGAUUUUACUUAUGCUCCUCAUAAAGUACAUCAUCGGAGUUUGUCUCUGCCAGCUGAUUGCAGACCGGGGCUUGGAAAAUCCAGGUGCCAUGACGCAGGAUCUGGUGGAGUUUUAUGGGAGCCUGCCGCGAGCGGUGCUGUCCUUGUACCAGGCCAUGACUGGUGGAGUGGAUUGGAACGACCUUAGCAAGCCUCUGGAAGAAAGUAUCUCCCCUUUGAUGACAGUUGGCUUCGCCCUCUACGUCGCUUUUGCGGUUUUGGCCAUGAUGAACGUGGUUACAGGCGUUUUCGUCGAGUCGGCCCUCGGGUCGGCAAGAGAGGACCGGGAGAAGGAGGUGAUCAGCUCGGUGAAGAAGAUCUUCCAGGUGGCUGAUCACGACCAAAGCGGUGUCCUCACCUGGGGCGAGUUUUCCAAGACGCUGGAAGAGCCGUCAAAUUUGAAGUACUUCGGCAGUCUUGGCAUCAAUGCGAGUGAGGCGCGAGGUCUUUUCGGCCUCUUGGAUGCCGAUGAGUCAGGCAGUGUGAGCCUGCAGGAGUUCAUGCAAGGCUGCUUGCGCCUACGGGGACAGGCGAAGGCCAUUGACAUGGCCACCCUGAUGUAUCAGAACAAGCGAAUCGUCUUCUGGCUCGCGGACAGGUUGGAACGCCUGGAGGGCAGUGCGGCGCCUACUUGCUGCGAAGUUUCGGGUGUCGUCCAACUGGUCGGACUCCAAUCCCGAGCCGAUCGGAAGCCCCGACCUUUAACCCCGCACCCUGAGCCCAAGCAAAAAUGGCGAUCGACCAGCUCAAGACGCGAAGAGGAGCAGAGUACUCAGCUCAGCUUUGCUUGGGAGGCUUGCGGCCCGCGGAAAACGAUGGCAAGGCUUGGUGUCUGA